AUGGAUGUCAAAACGGAAUUCCUAAAUGGAGAUCUUGAUGAGGAUAUUUACAUGGAGCAAUCAGAAGGUUUUGUACUUCCUGAUAAUGAACAAAAAGGGCAAGAAACAAACUUGAUCACUUUGUCAUCCAUGAAAUCAAAGUUUGUGGCUCUUUCUUCCGUUGAUCAAGAAGCUAAAUGGUUGAGGUACCUUCUAUUGGAAGUUCCAUUAGCUAAAUACAAUGUUCCAAAGAUAUUGAUACAUUGCAAUAGUCAAGACACUUUAGCUAGAGCAUAUAAUAAAGUUUAUAAUGGAAAGUUUAGGCAACUAGAUCUUAGACAUUCCUUCGUGAGAAAAUUGAUUAAGAAUUGA